GCGUUGGCCUCUUGGUCUUAGGGUCAUGAGUCUGAGCCCCACAUUGGGCUUACAUAUUUCUUUUAUAAAAAAAGAAAGGAAGCGAGAAAGGCUGUAGGGACACCUGGGUGGCUUAGUCAGGUAAGCAUCUGCUUUUGGUUCAGGUCAUGAUUUCAGGGACCAGGGAUCCAGCCCCACAUAUGGGCUCUCUGCUCAGAGUGCAGUCAUCUCCUUUUCCCUCUGUCCCUCACCCAGCUCUGCUCUGUCAUGCUCUCUCUCUCACUCUCUCUCAAAUAAGUAAAUCUUAAAUUUUAAAAAGAAGCAUUUAACAAACUACAAGAAGUACAUGCUUCUCAGUAAUUACUUUCAAUGUAGACAGACUAGAUGCUCCAAUCAAAAGACAUACAUUGACUGAAUGACAAAAAAAAAAAAAAAAAAAAAGAACCCAUGUGUUGUCUGCCUAAAAGGGAGACACAAUAUGGACUGAAAGUCAAGUGGACUAAAAUAGAUUCUCCACGAAAAUAGGAGUGGGCUAAAAAGUAGAGCUCAAAUACUUACAUGAGAUACAGUACGCGUCAUAAAGAAGACUGUGACAAGACAGAGACUGCCAUGACAUGCAUGACGAUAGACAUAUUAGACAAGAACAGUUGAACAGUUGAAUAUAAUGGGAACCAAUGGGAAUGCUUAAAUAUAGAAAGCAAAUAUUAGGAGAAAUAGAGGCAGAAAGUGACUAUAGUAAAUAGUUGUGGGAGGAUUUAACACUCCACUAACGUGCCUGCAUAGAACACCCAGACUGAAAAUCAGUAAAGAAUGGAUUUCAGUGACAUCGCACCAGGUGGACAUAGUGAUCUUUCCAUUCCAAAUGGCAGAAUUCACGUUCUUUUCAAGGACACAUGGAACAUUGUCCAGGAUAGUUCGUAUGUUAGACCACGAAAUGAGUCUCAGUAAAUUUAUGAAGACUGCGAUCUUAGGAGGCAUGCUUUUGUAGAAUGGCAGCAUGAAAUUACAUGUCAGUAAUAAGAACAGGAAGCAGCUUGGGAUGCCUGGCUGGCUCAGUUGGUCAAAUGUCUACCUCCCACGUGGGUCACGGUCCCAUGCUCAGUGGGGAGCCUGCUUCUCCCUCUGCCUGUGGCUUCCCCUGUGUGUGCCCCCUCUCUACUCACUCUGACAGAUAAAUUUCAAAAAUCUUUACCAAAAAAAAAAAAAAAUAAGCAAAAUAUAUUGAGGCCAAACAGCAUGCUACUAACACCAGUGGGUCAACAGAGAAGGUCAGGGAGGAAUCACAAAAUACCCGGAGGCAAUGAACAAUGAGUGGUUGAUGGAACAUCUUUGUCCCAAGCAGCACAAGCUGGUAAGAGAGAUGUGGACUGGGUGCCUGGAGGGGAUCAGUGGGUUAAACCUCUGUCUUUGGCUCAGGCCAUGGUCUCGGUGUCCUGGGAUCGAGUUCCACAUCAGGCUAUGCUCGGCGGGGAGCCUGCUUCCCCCUUUCUCCCUGCCUGCCUCUCUGCCUACUUGUGAUCUCUCUCUCUGUCAAAUAAAUAAAUAAAAUCUUUAAAAGAAAAUAAUCAGGGAAGUCAAAAUCGAAUCAGCAGUGACAUACCACCUUAUGGCAGCCAGGUUGGCUGUAUAAGGACAAGGACAACAGGACAACAAGUGCUGGUGAGAAUGUGGAGAAAAGGAAACUCAUCUUUGCUGGUGGGAAGGUAAAUUGGUGCAGCCCACAUGGAAAGCAGUACGGAGUUUCUACAGAACACCACAGAAGGACCAUAUCGUCCGUAAUUCUACUUCUGGGCAUUUACCCACACCAAAAACACUGACGUUCAUCGUAGCGUUACUUGCAGUACUCAAGAUACGGAAGGGACCCGCACAUCCGUCAGUGGGAGAACUGGAUAAUGAACAUGUGGAAAACGCAUAUAAGGGACGAUUGCCCCGCCGUGGAAGAGGGAUGACGUCUUCCCGUUGGUGAAUAUGUGGAUGGAACUAGCGGGUUUUCUUCCACGUAAAUAAGUCAGAGAGACAAACACCAUAUUUUACUUAUGUGUGGAAUCUAAAUAACAAAGUGAAUGAACAAAUAACAGGAAGUAGAAACAGAUUUAAAACUAUCAAGAAGAAAUUGGUGUUUGUGCCACUGGAGGGUACGGAGGGAGAGGAGAAAUAGAUGAAGGGGAUUGAGUGGUCCAGAGCGGCACUUACCGAAGGUGCGAAUGAAUGGAGGAGGGCACUGUUGCGUGGGGCACUGGGUGUGGGGUAGAAACAGUGAAUAUUGGAACACACACACACAGACACACAAAACUAAAUGUGGGAAUGGAAAGUACAGCAGAGGGAAUACAGUCACAAUAUUGUAUUAGUUUUCCAUAGUGACAGAUUUUAAUUACACUUAAUGUGGCAAGAAUUUUGUGAUGCGGAUGAUUGUUGAAACACCGUGUUGGGACCUGACCAUAAAAUGAGUGGUCACUAUGCUUCCAGCAAGAAGAAGAAAAAGUCCACACUUAACCAUCAGCAAUGAACUCGAAGAAUAAAGAGCCCAUCUUCCAGACUGCUUAUGGCCCUUCAAAUCCUACCCCCUGCUGGGCUGUUCAAGGGGAGCUCUCGGCGGCCACACCCACCGACCGACCUCCCAGUGGCAGCUGGGGCAGUGCAGGCAGGCUCCCCCGAUGGCCUCAGUGCCUUCAGAAUGGUCCAGCAGCCCUUCGUCGGAGAAGGGAGAAGGGAACAGCAUUUGUGCAUGUCCGUUAGAAACGGGACUCCGUCCUUGUGCUGAGAAGGGUGAUUUUGUCAUUCCCCUGGCCUCCUGUCAGACAUUUCAUCCAUCCUUGCCCACGGGGCAAGCCUUUCUGUGUUCCUUUGUAGAAGUAGGGUGUGAAGCUAUGUAUCUUGCCCAGUUCUUUUCUACUUUUCUGAUAAUACUUCCCUCCACAUUAGUCGCCAUGGAUUUUGAAGUAUUUCUGAGUAAAUAGGCUGCCCUACAUAGACUUUUCCUCUUAUUGCCAAAGUCCCAAAUCACUAGGGUCCUGAGGAUUUUUCUUUGGUUACUUGUCUAUUCUUCCUGAUGAACCUCGUUUCCAUUUUGGGAUCAGUAAUGACUAGAAAUCAACUUAUAGCCUGUUUUCCUACCUUCAAACAUCAGGUCAUUCCCAAGAAAUUGAACUUUGCUCCUAAUUUUUGCAGUUGAUAUAAGUCAGGAUAAAAGGAGUGCAUCAAGUCCUCAGCAGAAUGUUCUGCAGAAUGAGCUCCCCAGUGAAGCCGAGACCAUCUUAUUUGCAAGAAAUGAUUUGUGCUCUGUUUUUGGAGCAAACUGGAAAUUUCCUAACAGUGGAGAUCAGACCCAAACCGAGGAAAGGUGUUUGAGAGGUCAUUUGGUGAAGCGGGUCUGUGAAAGCAGUGAAGAUAAUCGAUGUGGAGAAACCAGAAGGCAGAUGACAAGUCUUACCGUGCAUGAGGAUUAUCCUACUGGAGAUAAGUCCUGUCACUGCGCCACGUGUAGAGAAGCCUUCACAGAUGGUUCUUUCCCUGAGAAUCCACAAAGAUCCCACCCUGGACACAAACCUAGUCCCCGUGAGGAACGUGGGUCAGCCAGCAGCUGUGUCUCGAGCCCUAGCCUUCACGUGGACACAGGCCUUGGAGAGAAACCUUAUGAACCUCAGGACACUGGGGGAGCUUUGAAGAGAGACUUGAAGAGUCGCUGUAGUAAACAAUCUUUAGAGUGCCAGAAAUGUGGAAAAAGUUUUAUUUGCAGGUCAUCCUUUCGGGGUCAUGUGAAGGAUCACUGUGGACAGAGAGUCCAUGCGUGUGACGUGUGUGGGAAAGUCUUCAUGUAUCAGUCCUACCUUACACGUCACAUGAGAACUCACAGUAGGGAGAGACCCUAUGAAUGUGUGAAGUGUGGAGAAGCCUUUGAGUCUUCUUCACGUCUACAAAGACACGUGAGGACACACACUCGGGAAAAACCCUGUAAAUGUCAGCAAUGUGGGAAAGCCCUCCCUGGUGAUGACUCCCUUGAAGCACACAUGAGAAGACAUGAGAAGGACAGAACCUUGGAAUGUAUGGAGUGUGGGCCAAGUUUGAGGAAGCAUCUGCCUUUUGAACAUCACUUGACCACACACAAUGUCAAGAAACCCUAUGAGUGUAAGGAGUGUGGCAAGCUCUUUAGAUAUCACACAGCCCUUGGAGUCCAUAUGAGGACACAUACUGGGGAUAGACCCUACGAAUGUAAGGAGUGUGGGAAAACUUACGUGAAGUCUGAACAUUUUAAACGCCACAUGAUCACCCACAGUACCGUGAAACCCUAUGAAUGUAACCGGUGUGGCAGAUCCUUCCGGGAUUACACAAACCUGCGCGUCCAUAUGAGGACGCACACUGGGGAAAGACCCUAUGAAUGUCAGCAGUGUGGGAAGACCUUCAGAUAUCUUGGAAAUCUGCGAGAACAUAUGACAACACACACGGGGGAGAGACUGUAUGAAUGUCAGCAGUGUGGGAAGACCUUCAGGUAUAACUCAUGCCUGCGAGAACACAUGUGGAAGCACAGUGGAGAGAGACCCUAUAAUUGUCAGCACUGUGGAAAAGCCUUCAUUCGUCACCACACUCUUGUAGUACAUACUGUGAGAUGGCACACCGAGGGUGGACACUUGGAAUGUAAGGAGUGUGGUGAAACUUUCAGAAAGCAUCGAGCUUUCGAACGUCACAUGGCCACACACGGUAUCCUGAAACCCUAUGAAUGUAAGGAGUGUGGAAGAGCCUUCAGGUGCCACAGAGACGUACAGGUACAUACGAGGACACACACUGGGGAAAGACCUUUCAAAUGUGAGCUGUGUGGGAAAGCCUUUAAGUCUCCUGCAAACCUUCGAGCACAUAUGAGGACACACAAUGAUGAAAGCCCCCGCAAAUGUCAGCAGUGUGGGAAAAUCUUCUCGACUCCUGGACGCCUGCAAGUACAUAGGAGGACACACACUGGGGAAAGACCCUGUAAAUGUGAGCAGUGUGGGAAAGCCUUCACCUCUCCUGGAAACCUACGAGCUCAUAUGAGGACACACAGUGGGGAAAGACCCUGUAAAUGCCAGCAGUGUGGGAAAGCCUUCACCUGUGCUGCGUCCUUGCGGGUACAUAUGAGGACACACACUAGGAAGAGACCCUAUGAAUGUCACCACUGUGGCAAAGCCUUCAGGAGUCCAUCGCACCUGGAAGCACACACACGGACACACACUGGGGAGAGACCUUUUAAGUGUACAGAGUGUCGGAAAGCGUUCAGUCAGCCUCAGUGUUUUCAAGAUCAUUUGAAAACGCACAACACAGUUAAAUCCUAUGAAUGUAAGGAGUGUGGGAAAGCAUACAAGUUUCCCUCAUCCCUUCGAGGGCAUAUGAAGACACACACUGGGGAGAGAACCUCACUGGUCACGACUCCCUUCAGGAACACGUGAGGAAUCACAGUGGACGGUGACCUUUUGUGAAUCUGCGGUCUCUGGUAAGACAUUCCAGUAUCACACAGAACUGCAAGUAUCUGUGAUGACACUAGACGGGAAUUGUGUGAAUGUCUACGCUGUGGGAACGCCUUCAGGUGUCCCUCUAAUCUUUGGGGAUGCUUAUGAGAGUACAGUGAUGUGAAACCCUGUGAAGUUAAGAACCAUGGAAAAACCUUCCUCAAUCUGGGAGUACAGACACUAAGGGAAAGCAUUUAAUCUCCCUAAAAUCAUCUUUUAAAUGAGAGCCAAUAUACUGGAGACAAACCCUAAUGGACACAGUUUGGGGAACACUUCCUGUAUAGAACGUCAUGUAUUUUGUUCACGACAAUUGUGGCAGGAGAGAAAUCAUUUCAUUGUUGCAAACAUGGCUUUAUUUUUGCAAGUGCCUCCUCCAUGAUAGAAAUGCGAAGUGUCUAAUUUCUAGUUCGUGUUUCUGAUAUGAACACUCAUGGUGCUAAGUGUCCUUUGUCUUCUAUGUCUGUACGACAUGCACUUUGUUGUGUCAGACUUGAAGUAAUCACCUGGUUAUAUAAAACACGGUUCUUUUCCAUUACAAUGUCAUUUAAACUCACGUUGAUAAGAAUGUGUAUAUGGGAGGGGUGUGUGUGUACAACUUUAAAUAAUUUUAGAAAAAAACUUGAAGUUUAUAUUCCCCAAACUUCCCAAUCUAUGAUCAUCACAUGAGACUUUUUGAUUGUUGAAAGUUCUUUUCUGUUCUCUGUUGCUAAUAACCGGAAUUUCUUGACUCUGAAUCGCCUCUAUAUUUUCUAUCUUCAUUAUUGCAAUACAUGUUUUCACCUAAGCUCUCUCCUUUUAUUGAGCAGUUGUUAAAUUUUUAUGUUGUUUUCAUCUCUUCUGAGAGUUAUUUUUGGUGUCUUUGGUUGAUUUUGUUCCAUAUAUCACUUCUAAGAAUGUGAUUUUGACCAUUGCUCAGGAUUGCUGGUUUUGUUUUGUUUUGCUUUGCUUUUCCUGCGGUCAGUGAUUGUGGUGGAAAUAUCA